AUGAGGGUCUUGCUUUGCAUCCUUGAGGUCCUUGCCUUGUUGUCCACAGUUCCUCCAGCCAGCUUAGUUUUUAACAGCAGGUGUUCUUCAGCAUCCCAUACAUGCAGAAUGAAGUGCAAUCCCAAAGAAUUUGCUGUUAGAUACUGUGAUGACUGGCGCAUCUGCUGCAAAAUAAAGGCACUUGAUUUGAAGAGAAGAAAGAAGUGGUGA